AUGGUAAACUGUGUGGAUUUGAAGUCUUUUCCUCCUCCUCAAUACCAAAACAAUCUCCAAUUAACAAAACCGUGUCGGGCCUCAGAGCCCGUUCAUGAGGAACCAAAUUAUCCUGGUAACUUAUCGGUUUAUGGUUCUGUCAAGGAAGGCGAUCAUGUUGACAUUGUAUCCCUGUUAUCGACAAAUUACAGAGAUUUCCUAAUCCGCAACAAUGGUGAAAAAGUCAUGGUUGAAAGCCUUAAAGGAAAAUACGUUAUGAUAUUUUGCUUCUUCCUUCCUGUAGAAACUCACAGCGCGGUAGACAACCAUUGUUGGGCAAUAAAAGCUGCAUUUUCUGAAUGGUUCGACUAUGGCAGAGACGAUAUUCAAAUGGUUAUGGUUGCGAAGAUGAAACGUGGAUUUGUAGAUAAUGAAGAAUCCUUCAUCCAAUUCUUCUCUACGUUCCCUAAUUGCCUUGCAAUCCCUUUUCACGACUCGAAAUCUCAUGAUUAUGUAUGCAAGUCUCUCGGGCUAGACGGGCCCGGUGUUCAAUACAGCCCGAGCGCCAUUGUUUUAGAUCCCCUGCAUAAGAUUCUGCAGGAGAGUUCUUUCUUUCUGGAGUUAUAUGGGGCGGAUUCUUUUCCCUUUACGAAUGAGAGGUUUGAAACCCUUUACGAAGAGGAACACAGACCUUUGUUACCCCUUGAGGAAAUAUUACGAUGUAAACCCUCUGAUUUCCUAAUCUGCAACACUGGUGAACAUGGGAAUAAGAUACGUGUUUCAGACCUUAAAAACAAGUUGGUUGCAAUAUACCUAUGCCGGUAUGGCGAUUUCAUGGAUGAACUCAAUGAAAUCCAUAACCUAUGUUGUACUAAUCGAGGUAAUUAUGAUAUGGAGAUUGUUCUUGUUUACCUACCUCAUGAAGAACCACAACAGUUCAUAGCGCGAAUUAAUGAUAAUUUAGAGCAAAGAGGGAUAUCAUGUUGGUGGGUUUUGCCAUUUAAGGAUAGUGUAAGUCAUUGGUUAAGCCGACUUAGCGAAUCUAACUCUUCCAUGGACACAUUAAUCAUCUUGGAUCCAACAAGUGGUAGGUAUGUGAAUCCUCAUGGAGAAAUAGUUAUGAACUUCUUCGGUAUUGAUGGAUAUCCUUUCACUAUAGAAGCCAUGAUUGAGAAGGAAACAGCAAGGUUAAGGACAUUAACGUUGGACUCAUUGUUAGUGUUGUCUGAUGAACAAAACUAUGUGUGUACCAAUGACGGUACUCGUGUGAGUGUGGAAGAUCUUCGAGGGAGGAAUAUCCUUCUUUACCUUGAAUGGACACAUGAUUCAAUCGAUGAUCCAAUUGAAACAUCCUAUAAUUUGAUUAAGGAUUUGUAUCACAAAAUUAAAGAGUAUAAAGAUCCUAAUUUCGAAGUGGUGUUUGUUCCUAUGGAUUUUAGUGAGAAUAUAUCCUCCCCUCUUGAAUGUUUUACGGCAAUGCCAUGGCUCGAAUGCCCGCACGACCCGGCCCGGGCAGAUUUGAUAUGGGAUCACAUAUGUAUGAAAGGUAGUAACAAAUUUAACGACCUUAUUGCAUUUGGUAAAGAUGGACAGAUUCUUACAAUACAUGCUUUACAACUACUAAUGGAUCGUGGGUUUGAUGCUUAUCCCUUCCCUAACUGUCUGAAUCAAGAUGUUGAAAUUGAAUUCAAAUGGUUCUUGGAUAGUUAUGAUGAUCAUCAUUACUUGUGUAAUUGA